CCUAAACAUUAAACAAUGCCGAUCGCAGAGCCUCCGCAGAUCCACCGACUCCCACAAUCCAAGUACUUAGACUCAGUCCGGUGGCUCCCGCCUCUCUCCGCCUUGGACCGCCUCGCCGUUAUUGCAGUUUUCGACUCCGAUUCCGACUCUUCCUCCGUAGAGACCCACUCUUUCACUCCGAACCCAGCAACGCUAACCCCGCAAUCUCAAUGGGUCUCGCCCUCCCGAAUUUCCUCCCUCAAAACCUCCCAAUCCCACCACAAACCUCUCGUCGCUGCCGCGACAUUUUCCGGCUCCCUACACAUCUUGUACGGCGAUUCAAUGGACCCUGCGUAUCUCCAAUCGGAGCUUUCGGUGCCCGAAAAGGAGUUACACGAGGGACCCAUUUCUUGUGUGGAUGUUAUGGAUGGUGGGUCGGAGUGUGUGAGUGUUGGGGAAGAUGGGAGGGUCAAUUUGGUAAGUUUAGGGGACUCUGAGUUGAGCUAUCGGCGAGUUUUCGACAGCAGCGGCUUGGUUUCGUUUACCGCGGCGAAAUGGGCAUCUCCGAGUGAGUUUGCUACUGGUGGAUAUGGGUUUAGCCUCCAGUGGUGGGAUCAGAGGAAGCGCGGCAGAGCGGUUUCUCAAUUUAAGGGUGGCUGGUCUCAACCGUCAACUCCAGGGAUUGUACAUUCAAUUGAUAUCCAUCCUUCAAGAAAGCACACUUGUUUGGCUGGAGGUUCUUUAGGGACUGUAUUUGCGUGGGAUCUUAGGUGGCCACAGCAACCAAUCCUUCUUUCUGGGGUUGGGGCAGGUGAAGCAACCCAUUCACCAUGUGAAAGUGAGGUUUGGGAGGUUCAGUACGACCACUAUGCAAAGUCUUCGAAUGUGGGAAAUGUUUCUUCACGUAUCUUACCUACUAUGAUAUGUUCAGAAGAUGGUAUCCUUGCUGUUGUUGAACAAGGUGAGGAACCCAUCGAGCUCCUGGCAGAACCUUGUGCAAUCAACAGCUUUGACAUAGACCGGCAAUAUCCUUCUGAUGUUAUAUGUAGUCUGGAGUGGGAAUCUAUAGCCAUCUUGACGAGGCCAUGACAUCCACAAAUUGACAUAUUCAGAGUUAAAUGUGAAUCGAAGCUCGCCAAUUUUCUGUAAUUGAGAAAUGAAUCUCUGCGUAAAAAGAUGUACGAACCAAGUUACGGAUGAUGUUUAAAAGCCUGUUUUGUUUUGGUUGCUGAAAUUAGUCAUCCUCCAUGUUCGUAGAUCGACUCAGUGCCCCUCCUCCGUACUGUGCCGUUACGUGGAAAUGAAAAUGAAAGCUUAUUAAACAUUGUGUCCAUUAAAAAGCUAAAGAAACAGGUUAUUGUGCAUUA